UGUUUUUUUCCCCAAACUCCUACUCUCACAAACAAAAUGGAAGACGACGUGACGGCAAUGCUGGCACACGUCCCGAUGGGCCGCCUCACUUGGCGGGAAGACCCCGCCUCCACCUUUGCAGACUGGACUGUGGUUGUGCAGGAUGCUGCGCUUUCUGGGUGCCAGUAUGGUGACGUGCCUGCGCUGCUCGAGUCGUCGGCCGCUGAGAACGCAGCAGCUGAAACGACCACUGUGACCAGAGGCGAUACAGCGUCCCCGCCAAAACCAGGCACGUCCUCCCCACCACCGCCGCCGCCGCUCCAGGCUCAGCAACCAGGACUGCUGCAGCAGCAACAGCAGGGUCAAAGCUCACUUGCUGGCGUGAUUCCCGGUGCGAACGGAGCAGCAGCGGUCGGUGAACCCCUGCAAGUCGCUCCUGUGGCUCUUGUGACAACGCCGACAACAACGCCGCAGCCAGCCGCAGCAGCCGUACAGCCGCCCCGACCUGCUGCCCCGACCCCGCUGCGACCCAACCGAAAUGCACAAGUGCGUGGCGCUCGGGCUGGUGCGGGCCCUGUGCAAGGAGCAUUGCCAGCGGCAACUCCGACUCGCGUCAUCAUAGCGUCAGCUCAUCCUGCACGGCAACAGCAACAACAACAACAACAGCAUGCGACGCACAACCCACACCACCACCACACUCAUCACCAGAAUCACCAUCACCAGAAUCACCAUCAUCACCAUCAGCAGCAGAACCAGCAGCCGAAUCCGCGAAGCCCGGCCAUUCGACUUCCUUUUCGGGGUUUGCGGCACGAGCAGCAACAACAGCCCCAAUCUCAGCAGCAACAACAGCACCAGCAAUCCCAACAACAAGGGCAGUCCCAGACAGACAGAUCAGAUGCUCAGCAACACCCACCUCCGAUGCCCCUUGCAUUGACGCAGCCCGGGGAGGCAACCUACCAUGUGCACGCGUGCAUUCUGGCCGUUGGCAGCCGCGGUUCUGGGUUUUUCAGAACGCUCAUGCAGACCCCGCUCGAGUCGACAGAGCGACAGAGCCGAACCACCAUCUUGUAUCUUCCUCAAGCGUGCUUGCCAGUCUUCCCGCUCGUGCUGGACUACAUGUAUGACGGUAGUUGGGACGCCGUGACCUCGAGCACGGCGGUGCCAAUGCUGCGGGUCGCCCAUCAGCUCUGCAUGGCAGAUCUUCAUGCUCGCUUGAUGCGCUUUAUUGACGAGACCAUGUCCACGUGGACGGCGCCAGUCUACCUCGCUGACAGCUUGGUUCUGGCGCUGCGCCAACUGUACGAUCGCGCGCUCGCCGUUUGCGCGUCCGACUUUCUUCAGUACGCUGCCGAUCAGUUUAACGUGCUUCCGGUAGGCACUUUGAUUGAACUGCUCCAGCAUCCAAGUAUGCAUGCACCUCCGGCGAACAUUUCCCAUUGCAUUUGCUCCUAUCUGCUGGCCAACGAAACACUGCCGCUCUGUCACAGCGAAGACACUGCCCCGUCCAUCUCAGACGCCAAUCCUGCCUCGACGCCAGCGACGUCCUCCAACGGCACUGCUACGGCCGUCCCGGUAGUCGGCAAGAGCUGCGUCUUUGUCGUUGGGAUGAGCCAGCCGCCGACUGCUUCAGCGUCGCAGUGCGGCAGCGACGCGCUCGUUCGUUCCGCUGACGCCGUGCCUGCCCCCAAUUCCGCGGACGCCGUGCCUGCCAACAAUUCCGCGGGCGCCACACCUGCCUUGACCAUGUCGCCGGUACUCGACCAGAAGCAUCCGUCCACCUCCACGGAUGAUGCCCUCUCUGACGAAGAAUUUGACUCGUUAACUGCCGUCCUCUCGGACGUCGCUCGGGAUAGCGCCGUUCCAAUUCUGCUCAGCGCCUGCGCCCACCGCAAUCAGCGUGUCAUUGCGCUGGCCUCCAAGUCCAUUGCCGAGUCCUUCUUUCUGAGGCAGGUCGGCGAGCUCGACGACGUCCCGUGCGAGGUUCUCUACAACAUUCUCGUGCAUGAAGCCUUGGCGGCGCAUACAGAGGAUGUCGUGUACGACGUCAUUCAAGAGUACUUGCAAAACUCGUCGCACCGUUGGCACAUGACGGACGCGGACGUGUCGCGACUUUGGUCGGCAUGUCGGUUUACGUGGCUGUCCAUGGAGCGGUUGACCCUGGCCGCGAUGCAACCCUCGAUGCCGCCGGCCUUGAUUGCUCAAGCCACGCUUGCUCGCUGCUGGCGACUGGAGCGCGCGCCGGCAGGCGUGCAUGCACAAGCCGGCGCGGUCUUUUCGAGCACUGCCGCGCCAGAGCGCGUGCGAACCGAACUGGCUCAACGAAAGACCUAUCUGCAAACGCCAAUCUUGCGCUGGCAUGUUGGGCCGCUGCGCAACACUGACGCCACCCGGGGCGGUAGCAGCGGUGCCUCCACGUCGAGUGGGGCCUUCUCCUUCUCGGACAUCCCGUCGUCGGCCUCGAAUGUGUUUUCAGCCAUGGCUGUGGCCCCUCCAGUCAUCUGGGUUGGUGCACACGCUGCCGCCUUUUCAUCACCGGCACCGAAUGCUGCAACGACGACGACGACGACGACGGCUACUGCGGCCAGCAAUCAGUCAGUCCCUAGCAGCACCAACCACCGACCCGGAUUUGCUGCGCCGACGGUCAGUUCGACUGCCGCUGCGCAAGCGACGUUCAACAGCGGCAUGCCGACAACCACCAUCUUCUCUUCUGGCAUUCCGUCGUCGUCGUCGAGCAGCGCACCGACUUUCUCAGUGUCUGGGACGGCCACCCAAAGCGCCUCUGGUUCCAUCGUCAACAACAAUGUCCGGUACACGGCCGAGCAGCGCCAGUUUACCGUCUUGACCCCCGAGCACCGCCUUGUUCGGUCUGUCGAGACGUUUUCCCUGUCCGAGUGCUCGCGCGUGUACGUGGAAGUGCUGAUCAACAAGCUACAUUGCUGUGGAGGGAUUGGCAUUGCCGACCUUGGUCUGCUGAACACCACCCCGAGCCACCAGCAACCUGCUACGUGGUCGUACAGCAUGGAAGGCGUCAUCUCGUCGCGCGGAGUCCGUGUCACCGCGAUCAGCCCGACUGCAUGGGGCACCAACGAUGCGAUCGGCAUGCUGAUUGACUUGGCGCAGCGGCAAGUCCAAUUCUAUCGCAACUCUGUCUUCCAAGGUCGCUGCGAGGACAUUGCAACAUCCAACAUUUGCGUUAUUGCCGACCUGGACGGCAAUGGCUCGUCCGCCAGCUUUUCGGCGACGACUUUGGAUGUGAGCGCAAUGUUGCAGCAACAGCAGCGCAUGUAGUUCUGUAGUACUGUAGCCUUUGGGGGCACUACUCUUGUACAUUUUUGUAGAGAAUUCGUGAAUUUUGUGUGUGCGCCUGUUCGAGUCGUUGAACGUGGUUGAUGUUGUGUUGUUUUCAAGCUCGAAAUCGAAACCGAAAUCGAAAUCGAAA